AUGAAGGACAUGACAUUGUCUUCCUUCGAGUGGUGUGAAUUUUCGCACCCUCAUCAGGACCCUAGCAGCGUUGUUCUGGAUGUAUUGGAGCUUUUGAAUGCUCUUGCUAGGGAUCCUGAUGAGGAGUGCAUUGCAAUAUUCCAGCCUGGAGGAGACAAAGGUGUGGACCAGCUUUUCUGCAUCUGCCAGACGGAGACAGUCCUAAAGGCUUCAGAAACUUUCAGUCAGGUCUCUCUUGCUGAGCAGGAGUCAGGAGUCUGUUCUGCUCACCUCCCCCACCGCAGUAAUGGCCCCUUACCAAUUAGCCAAUCAGAGCUCUCCGUGAGCUCCAGUGCCAAGGUGAAGCUCAGGUCAGGACACAGACUCGUCAGCUCCUGCACUGCGUGGAGACAUUUGUCCGACAAACUGAGGACCGACCACCGAAAGUGUGAGCUCAACGUUGCUAACGCUGAGGCCACCAAGGUGGAAUUCUCUAAUGCGAUGGACUUAUUCUGCCACACCGGAUCUGGCAAAGAUCACCAGUCCUCAUCGUCCACUCACCCUGAGGUGCUCCCUGAGGAAGUGGAACCUUCAAAGGAACCCUCGACUAAAGAUGGGAAAGAAGAAAGAAGGAAAGCUGUGACUACACGAAGACAUGAUGAUGGUGCUGAGGAUGGAGCUCUGCCACAUCCGUCCCCCACAAGUUCUCGUCCCCCACAAGUUCUUUUGCACCGAAAGAAAGCACAAAGACAUGAUGAUGAUGGGAGUGAUGGUGGUGAUGAUGAGAGUGAUGGUGAUGAGGAUGGAGCUCUGCCACAUCCGUCCCCCACAAGUUCUCAUGUUCAGCGCCGAAAGCAAGCACAAAGACAUCAUGAUGAUGAUGGGAGUGAUGGUGAUGAUGAGAGUGAUGGUGAUGAGGAUGGAGCUCUGCCACAUCCAUCCCCCACGAGUUCUCGUGUUCAGCGCCGAAAGAAAGCACGAAGACAUGAUGAUGAUGAUGAUGAUGAUGAUGAUGAGGGGAGUGAUGGUGAUGAUGAGAGUGAUAGUGAUGAGGAUGGAGCUCUGCCACAUCCAUCCCCCACAAGUUCUCGUGUUCAGCGCCGAAAGCAAGCACAGAGACAUGAUGAUGAGGAUGGAAACAAGCAACCCACAAACACCACAAGACAGAAGAGUGUAAAGAAAACUGCAGCUAAACGAAAGUACCAUGUUGAUGCUGAUGCUGCUGAUGAUGAUGGAGAGAGGCAAAACGUCUCAUCCAGAAGACCAACUGUUAAGAGACUUAAGAAGACUGCAAAUAAAACACAACACAAUGAUGACGGUGUUCCAAAAGUGCGAACAAGGCGACGCUGGUCUUUUGAGGAGAGGACUGCAGUCCAGCGAAGGAUGGCACGGUUUGUUGCUCUCAGGAAAGUACCAGCAAAGAAUGACUGCCUGCUCUGCAUCGAGAAAGAGUCUCCAGUGCUUAGCACCAGAACAUGGAAGGAUGUUAAAUACUGUGUCUAUAACGAAAUUCUUAAAGUGGAGAAAAUGCUGGGGGUCUAUGACUCAUGUUUCUCUAGUGUUUAGAGAUUUGAUGCAGAUAUGUUCUUUAAGAUCCAGUCUGCUGGCUACAAGCUGCCAGUGUUCAAAUUUUGUAUUGAGUUGGCAGUAAUAAGUACCAUGUUUCUAUUGAUCAAUUUACCAACAGUUUGUUGAGUUUUUCAUUGCAAUUUUUUGCAAUAAAAUUAACAGUUAUGUGCUUGCUUACACUAGCUGUUUCUGUCUUUGACAAAUAAUCUUCAAUUUUCCUUUUCAUAAAUAUUCAGCAGUCAAAUAUCAAAAAGACCCUCUGUUGUAUUUGCCUCCUUACAUAAUAAAUUUAUGAAUAAUAAAAAUGGCUAUUCAGAAUUGCAGAGUCUAAAAUUAAACAUUUCAUUAUUGCAUAUUCAGUAUGCAACUUCACUAUCACUAAAUGAAGUUAAAAUGUGUAAAAGAGAGUAUCAUAGUAUGCAAUUAUGCUAAACUUGGCCUCAAUAAACCUGUAGUAAGCAUAUCUCAGUUAAUAUUCCCAGUGAAAUACUUUAAGUUUCCAGUCCUCACUUUGUUGGUUAAAAACUUUUUCUGAAAACUUUGUGUUUCUCAAAACCUGAAGGGGUGUAUAGGGUAAGGGUGCCACCUACUGUCCAGAAAUGCUAUUUUCAUGUUGAUAGGUAAA